AUGGACUUUGAAAAAGACAUGGGUGAGAUACUAUUGUAGGUGAGUAGUUGGGAAGGUAGUGAAAAAGAAAUUGAAUGUAUAUCUGUACGCAACGAUAACGAAAAAACGAUUCUGAGAGGAGUUCGGUUGGUAGUGUUGUUUAUAUUAUAUGUCAUAUUAUGGUAAAAUAAUUACAUAUGCAUUAUAUAUAUACUUUAAUGUUUGUUUAAUAUUGUACCGUUUUUCCCGUGUUUCCCCCCCCCCUUAUACUCCCGAAAAUCAAAAAAUGACCUAUUCAAAGUAUCACCCUAGUUAGAUUUCUUUCAGAAAAAGUGUUAUUGUAAAUUGGAACAAAAUUGCUGGUACGAAAAUUGUCUAUAGAAAAAAAAUAACCAUCAUUGUAAAACCAAUAUAUUCCUCACUUCACUCAGAAUCUAUAAUAUAAAUGUUCACAAAAAUAUCUUAUCUAGAUAAUAUAAUAAAAAUAUAUUACUAAUAUUUCAUUUUCGGAUGAUUGUCGAUAGCCCUAACGCCCCCAAUUAUUUUAUCACUCUUUUAGAAUUUUAUUUUGCUUUGAGGUUCAUAAAUUCUAAUACUAAUCAUAAAUUAUUUUCUGGUGUGAUCUUUCUUUGACUUAGAGAUAUCUAUAAAAUAUUCUCGUAAUUUCAUGGUUAUAACUUCAUUAAUUUAUUUGAUCUUCAAUAUUUAAAAAAUUUCUGAAGCUUUUAAAUAAUUACUAGCUUUAGAGUCUUUGCACACUUUACUUAAAACAUUUGAAUAUUUAUUUGUUUAUAUUAUUACAUUUUAUUGUUAUAUUUUGUAUUCUUUUUAAAUAAAAAUAUAAAUAACCAUAUUUUAAAUUCUUAAAACAUUAUAAUUUAAUAUUUAUUAUAACUCGUAUAAAAUAAAAUAUGUUCAAAUGUACUUACGAUGUUGUAUGUUCAUUAAGAUAUGUUGUUUUUUUCUUUUUUGUGUUCUAUCAUGCACGCACAACAAAGUUUAAUAUCCUAAUAAUAUUUCAAAGUUAUAAAAAAUAAAAAUAAAUAUGUAAACAUUGGUUAUAAUUUAAAAAUAAUAAUUCAGUUAGGUAGUAAGGUAUAUAUAAGCUAAUAUAGAUGGGUUAAAAUUUGUAAUAAUAUAUCAGUGUACAUAACCUUGAAUUGACUAAUAUAAUAAUAAAAUGGUCCAUUGCACCAAGUAUAAAGCAAUUUCAAUUUACAAUUUCAGCCUAUUAUGUUUUUGCCUCACAUUAUCUUCCAGAGCUACGAUAUAUAGCGAUUUUUGUAUUCAUAGUAAAUAUAUUAAUUAUUUUUAUUAAAAGAAUGUCAAUAUUAACAGAAACACAAUGAUUUACCUAAUGCGAGAAAGAGAACAAAUACAAUUUGGUUAUUAAAAUAUGAUUUCCAAUGAUCUAUUAAAAUAUUAUAGCGUUAAUUAAUAACUAAAUAUUAAUAAUAAUAAUAACUUUAUUAAACGUGUAUGUAUAUAAGUAUUAUAAGUGAUGGGUCGUUACAAUAGUACUUACUCGUUCCAACGUAACGAGUACCUAUAAUAUUAGUAUAGGUUAGUGGUAUAUAAAAUUAUAGUACCACAAUAAAUACAUCAGUACCAUCGGUAAAUUAUAUUAUCGGUAUUAUGUAUAGAUAAUAUGUAGUUUUUGAUUCAUCAUAACAUUUCCUUCUUGAAAGUUUUUUUCUUUUUGAAAUACAUUUCCUUGGAAAAUCUCCCUCAAUAUUUAUUAGACCUUCAUCAAAAAACACAUAUAUAUAUAUAAAUUUAAUACAUAACUAUUAUUUCUUUUUUUCUAGUCAUAAUCAGUGGCGUAGCCAGGGGCGGUCAGAUGGCCCAUGGCUCCUCCAUAGAUGUAUUUUUUAUUCUUUUUAUUGAUUUUAUAUCAGUACAUACACAUAAAUAAGUAUAUAAUAUUAUAUCUAUGAGUACAUAAGAAGUAAGUACCUAUGAUAAUAUGAAUAUAAUAUAAUGUAAUUAAUAUAAUACUAUAUCGAUAGAAAUUAUAUUUUUGUUAUCUAUAGCCUUGGCAUUAAGGUUACAUAAAGGUGAUUUUGAUAAAAAUAGUAAUUACAACAAAAGUAGUCAAAAAAACAAAAAAACAAAAAUUGAAAAACUUUGUGAAACACGAAAGGUCGAUCGACAUGAUUUACUUAUUAUUUUCAAAGAACUUUACUUCUAUAUAAUUGCUACUAUAGAACAUCUUGAAAAAUAUGAUACAAAUCCUGAAACCUCAACCAAAGCGUCGUUAUAUGUGAGUGCUAUAAACAAGAGUGAUUUUCUUGUUUCUCUUGAAGUAGCUGUUACUUGGUUCUCAUAUACUAAAUAA